CACAAACAUAAUGUGUUUAUUUUUGAACACGAUGUACUGCUCUGGCUUAUAAAGGAAGGAAGUGCUACCAAAGCCCUCAUUUACAACUUCGAUUUACAGGUUCUCUGUAUCUCAGUUUCUUUCUUUAAGUAAAAAUAGUCAGCAGUUUCAAAGUAACUUUACUGUAAUUGAUGAAAAGUUUGGAUUUUUUCCUAUAUCGUUUCACAUUCACAAAGGGAGAAACAGGACAAGAUGAAGUUCAACCAGUUUGCUGUUUUUCUUAUUUCAACACAGUGGAUAAUAUCUGGCAGUGGUGAACGAGUGAACGGUCAUGAACGUCCAACAGACUGCUGUUUUACUGUGUCAAAUACCAGAAUACCAGCUGUAAAUAUUGUGAAUUAUAGCAUACAAGAACCACCGUUAUGUUCUAUCAAAGCUGUCAGAUUUUACACCAAGAAAAACAAAGUUAUUUGUUCAGAUCCAAAUAGUGACUGGGCUAAGACAGUGAUUCAGAAAUUGAGUCUGACACACGAAGCUCACAAAAAAAACCUUCAGUGCCACACAAAUUCCAGCCAAACUACAACUGAAACACACACAACAUCAGGAAAACACACUGAGACCAGCAAGAGUACAACUGUACAACAAACAGUGACAGUAAUCAACACAUCUGGCCCAGAGACCAGCACAAGUACAACUCUCACAACAAUCGAAACAUAUAGAACAGAGUACAGCCAGAGUACAACAACAUCUGGACUGAAGAUGGACGACAGAAAAACAUCAACUGAAACUACAGAGACAGAUCAGCAGGAUCCUUUGUCCAAGGUGGAGGAGAAACAGGUGACGUCUUUGGCAACAUCAGUAACAAUGUUAUCUAAAGUAGAUGACACAUAUAAAAACACCAACAAUUACUUUUGUUUAAAGUAGGAAAAAGCAAUAUACUUACGAACUUAAAACUUGGUGUGUUGGAACAAGCUGAACAAUUUCUAUGUAACAAUAAUACAAGGAUAAAUGAAUGACAUCUAAUUAUAAUGAGUAAAUCAUGUGAUAAAAGUGGUGAAAAGUCCACAUUAUAGCUUCUCUCAGCCCAUUUGUCUCUGUUUUCUCAUGGCAUUUUCAUUCCUUUUUGUGUGGUGACUUCAGUU